GAAAAUAUUUGGCAUAUUGAUAAUGGAGAUUCUAGAUUCCACAAGCGGAGGCGGUAUUAAAAUUGUUAUCAGUAAAAACUCAUCCGCUAUGCUUCACCUUUUCAAUCUCAUUCCCAUUUAAUUGACUCACUUUUUCUUCUUACCAUUACAAAAAUAGAAGCAAAAGCAAAGCUCCCUCAAUUUAUUUUGUUCUCUUUUUCCUCAAUCUCACAAUCCAUACACUUACAUGGCGUCUUCUUCAUCUUCUUCUCGUCAAGUGAAACAUCAAGUUUUCUUGAGCUUCAGAGGUGAAGACACGCGCGUUAACUUCACCGCUCAUCUACUCCAAGCUUUGAAAGACAAGGGAUGGACUGUCUUCUUCGAUGACGAUACACUAAAGAAAGGGGAGAAAAUUUCAUCAGCACUUUCGAAUGCAAUUGCGGCCUCAAUUCUCUCCAUCAUCAUUUUAUCUAAAGACUAUGCUUCUUCAAAUUCAUGCUUAGGUGAACUUUCUGACAUCAUGGAUCGCAAGCGCAAUCCUACUGACAAAUAUAUUGUUCUUCCCAUCUUUUACCAUGUUAAUCCUUCCCAUGUGCAAAAAAUUGGUGGGACUUUUAAGACAUCCUUCCAAAAGCAUGAAUCAAAGCAACCAGCUGAUAGAGUACAACGAUGGAAAUCUGCUUUUCAAGAGGUCGGUGCAUUAAAAGGGUGGCAUAUAGGAGGCAAAUCCGAUAGAUAUGAAACAGAGUACAUUGAAGAUGUGGUUGAAUAUAUUUCAAAAGAGUUGGAUAGCAAUUGUACAAGUGUUUCUGAAGAAUUGGUUGGAAUAGAUGAUCAAAAAAAGAUAAUUUUGGGGCUGAUUGAGCAAGAGCAUAGCCGUGUAAUAGGACUUUGGGGAAUGGGUGGUAUUGGCAAAACUACCCUUGCUGAUGUUGCGUAUAGUGAAAUCUGCCAAAAUUUUGAAAGCCACUUGUUUCUGCGAAAUGUUAGUGAGAAAAUAAAAAAUGUAGGGAAUGAAUCUUUACGAAAUGAACUUUUUUCCAAAUUAUUAAACCAAAAAGGAAUUUGUAUCAACAGCCCUUCCAUAGGACACCCUUACCAAGAGCGGUUGAACAAUAAAAAAGUACUUGUUGUCCUUGAUGAUGUUAGUAACCCAGAUCAAAUAGAAUUUAUGGGUGUUAAACAUUUUGGUCCAGAAAGUAAAAUCAUUGUAACAUCUAGAGAUAGACAGGUACUUAAAAAUGGAAGAGCUAACCACAUAUAUGAGGUGAAGAAGUUGAAUGAGAAUGAUUCUCUUCAACUUUUUUCUACACUUGCAUUUAACUUGUUGACUCCCGCAGCUGAUUUUCAAGAUCUAUCAUGCAAGUUUGCAGGAUAUGCCCAAGGUAAUCCACUUGCACUUAAAGUUUUGGGUUCUAAACUAUAUACAAAGUCUAGAAAAGAGUGGGAGAGCGAAGUGGAUAGUCUAAAGCAAUAUGCCGAGCCAAAAAUGUCACAUAUUUUGAAGAGUAGCUUAGAUGGGUUGCGUGAGCUAGAAAAGAAUAUAUUUCUUGACAUAGCAUGCUUCUUUAAAGGAGAAAAAAUGGAUACUGUAGAAAAAAUUCUAAGUAACUAUUAUAUGGAUGCAAUGAGUGGAAUAAGAAACUUAGUCGACAAGUGCUUACUUGAUAGCAUAGAUUGUUAUUCUAUGCACGACAUGCUUGAAGAGAUCGGCAAGGACAUUGUUCGCCAAGAAUGUAAAGAAGACCCGGGAAAGCGUAGCAGGUUAUGGUUUCCUGAAGACGUAGAUCAAGUGCUCAGAUAUAAUAAAUUGGUCAGCAUGAAGCCAACACUCGAUUCCAUACAGGCCAUGAAGACCAAGCAAAGCUGGAACAGAUGCAAGGGCUGCUGAUGCAAGCUCAUUUUGUUCAUUUUGUUAUAUUUAGUUGAUGAAAUGAGUGUUAGUUCAUUUCUAACUAAGUUAGCUUUCUGAUUGAUGUAAUUAGCUUAUGUAUGAGCUGUAAACACAGUUUUGUAUAAGUUUACAAGCUAAGAUUUCAAGUUUCUAUGUAAUUAGUGGAGGUAGGUAAUUACUUGUUGAUUUUGACAAGCCUUAUGCUUGAGUUAUGUACUGGCUUCAAGCCAUUGUUUUAUGUAUGAAUGAAAUCAGUUUUGUUCAUCAAUAUUCUCUCAAAUUUCCCCA